UAGACUGGACGGGACGGUUCUUCAGGAACAGGCGCCAACUCUUUCAACCACCUCGGUAGCUUGCUAGACAACAUAAAACUGAAAGAUUGAUUCUUUCGACGAUGUUAUUGUACAUUAGCUAAUCUCAGUGUUUUAGACAAAUUUCGGUUGACGUAUCUACUGGUGAACUUUAACCUAAUGUGCUUGUUCAAUUUGCAAACGUGUUAAAGAUUGAUACUGAGGUUAGCACUAGGCUAGUCGCUAAUGCUAGCUAGCUAGCUAACAUCCCUGACCAUGAGCUCACUGAACUACUCCUCUCUUGCUAAUGAAGAGGAGGUCUGCUUUACGGAGAAAGAAUAUUUCAGAAUGAAAAAGGAGGAAGAGGAGGCUGUUAUAGUGAAAGAAGAGAAAGAACCUUUUAGAGAGGAAGAUGAUGCUGUCUUAAUAAACGUGAAGGAGGAAGACGUUUUGAGAGUGAAAAAGGAGGAGACAGAAGAUCCGAUUAACACCAGAGAGAGACAUGACUAUGGUGGAUCCUCUGGGGAGCCUCGACAACAUCCUGAUGCUGACGAGGAAGAGAAGAGUCUCUCCAGAUCAGAACACCAGAUGGACAACGCUAGCCCUUCCACCCACCCGGAGUCCAUGUGUCGUGCCUCUCCUGGUAGCACGUUACUGCUGGGUAUGAAGAGGUUGUCUGUGCUGCUGGUGGACUGCAGGAAAACAAUGGGGCUGAGUGGAACUGUGAGAAGAGGAGAAGAGAUGAAAGGAUCAGAUUUGACACAAAGAGAAAGACCAGACUCAGAGGAACCAGAGCCAGGGACGUCCAAACCAGCAAGAAGACACCAGUGCUCCUACUGUGGAAAGGGUUGUAACUGGUUAGGGGCCCUGAAACAGCAUGAGAGAAUACACACUGGGGAGAAGCCUUACCACUGCUCGCAGUGUGGAAAGUGUUUCAGCCGGUCAGGGGGUCUGAAAAAACACGAAAGAAUACACACAGGGGAGAAGCCUUAUCAUUGCUCGCAGUGUGGCAAGUGUUUUAACCAGUCAGGGGACCUGAAACAACAUGAGAGAAUACACACAGGGCAGAAGCCUUACCACUGCUCCCAAUGUGGAAAGUUUUUCACCUGGUCAGGGAAUCUGAAACAACACAAGAGAAUACACACAGGGGAGAAGCCUUACCACUGCUCUCAGUGUGGCAAGUGUUUCAACCUGUCAGGGGAUCUGAAACAACACAAGAGAAUACACACAGGGGAGAAGCCUUAUCGCUGCUCCCAGUGUGGAAAGUGUUUCAACCAGUCAGGACACCUAAAAACUCAUGAGCUAAUACACACAGGGGAGAAGCCUUACCACUGCUCCCAGUGUGUAAAGUGUUUCAAACGGUCAGUUGAUCUGAAAAAACACGAAAGAAUACACACAGGAGAGAAGCCUUACCACUGCUCCCAGUGUGGAAAGUGUUUUAACAAGUUAGGGGGCCUGAAACAACAUGAGAGAAUACACACGGGGGAGAAGCCUUACCACUGCUCCCAGUGUGGAAGGUGUUUCAGUCUGUCAGGACACCUGAAAGCUCAUGAGCUAAUACACACAGGAGAGAAGCCUUACCACUGCUCCCAGUGUGGCAAGUGUUUCAACCGGUCAGGGGAGCUGAAACGACACGAGAGAAUACACACAGGGGAGAAGCCUUACCACUGCUCCCAGUGUGGAAAGUGUUUUAACAAGUUAGGGGGCCUGAAACAACAUGAGAGAAUACACACGGGGGAGAAGCCUUACCACUGCUCUCAGUGUGGAAAGUUUUUCGGCUGGUCAGGGAAUCUUAAAAGACAUGAGAGAAUACACACAGGGGGGAUGCAUUACCACUCCUCCCAGGGUGCAAAGCUUUGCCCAUUUAGGAAGCCUGAAAGAACACGAGACACAGAGGAGAAGCUAACAUCCCUGACCAUGAGCUCACUGAACUACUCCUCCCUUGCUAAUGAAGAGGAGGUCUGCUUUACGGAGAAAGAAUCUUUCAGAAUGAAAAAGGAGGAAGAGGAGGCUGUUAUGGUGAAAGAAGAGAAAGAACCUUUUAGAGAGGAAGAGGGUGCUAUCUUAAUAAACGUGAAGGAGGAAGACGUUUUGGGAGUGAAAAAGGAGGAGACAGAAGAUCCGAUUGACACCAGAGAGAGACAUGACUAUGGUGGAUCCUCUGCGGAGCCUCAACAACAUCCUGAUGCUGACGAGGCAGAGAAGAGUCUCUCCAUAUCAGAACACCAGAUGGACAACGCUAGCCCUUCCAGCCUCCCGGAGUCCAUGUGUCGUGCCUCUCCCGGUCGCACCUUACUGCUGGGUAUGAAGAGGUUGUCUGUGCUGCUGGUGGACUGCAGGAAAACAACGGCGCUUAGUGGAACUGUGAGAGGAGGAGAAGAGAAGAAAGGAUCAGAUUUGACUCAUCAAAGAGAAAGACCAGACUCGGAGGAACCAGAGACAGGGACGUCCAAACCAGCAAGACGACACCAGUGUUCCCACUGUGGAAAGGGUUGUAAUCACUUAUGUGAGCUGAAACAACAUGAGAGAAUACACACCGGGGAGAAGCCAUACCACUGCAUGCAGUGUGGAAAGAGUUUUCGCCAUAAAGGAAACCUGAAAGCUCAUGAGAAAAUUCACACAGGGGAGAAGCCUUACCACUGCUCCCAGUGUGGAAAGGGUUGUAACGAUUUGGGGAAGCUGAAGCGACAUGAGAGAAUACACACAGGGGAGAAGCCUUACCACUGCUCCCACUGUGGAAAGCGUUUUAACGAUUUGUGGAAGGUGAAACAACACGAGAGAAUACACACAGGGGAGAAGCCUUACCACUGCUCCCACUGUGGAAAGUGUUUCAACCAGUCAGGGGAGCUGAAACGGCAUGAGAGAAUGCACACAGGGGAGAAGCCUUACCACUGCUCCCAGUGUGGAAAGGGUUGUAACGAUUUGGGGAAGCUGAAACGACAUCAGAGAAUACACACAGGGGAGAAGCCUUACCACUGCUCGCAAUGUGAAAAGAUGUAUAGCGAGAAAGGACACCUGAAAGCUCACGAGAAAAUUCACACAGGGGAGAAGCCAUACCAGUGCUCCCAGUGUGGAAAGUGUUUCACCUGGGCAGGGGAUCUGAAAAAACACGAAAGAAUACACACAGGGGAGAAGCCUUACCACUGCUCCCAGUGUGGAAAGUGUUUCAACGGGACAGGGGAUCUGAAAAAACACGAAAGAAUACACACAGGGGAGAAGCCUUACCACUGCUCCCAGUGUGGCAAGUGUUUUAACCAGUUAGGGGCCCUGAAACAGCACAAGAGAAUACACACAGGGGAGAAGCUUUACCAUUGCUCCCAGUGUGGCAAGUGUUUUAACCAGUUAGGGACCCUGAAACAGCACAAGAUAAUACACACAGGGGAGAUGCAUUACCACUCCUCCCAGGGCGCAAAACUUUUGCCCAUUUAGGAAGCCUGAAAGAACAUAAGACACAGAGGAGAAGGCUUACAGAAUAUUAGAUUUUGGGAAAAGAUGUUACUCAUAACAAUCACUUAAAUGUCAUUAGAGAAUCCACACAGGAGAGAGAAAUUACUUCUCUUAGCAUGUAUAUUGAUAUUUCACAUCUCAUUGACUCACAACUCAUCAGAGAACAUACACAGUGCUCCCAUUGUCUUAUAUUGUUGACUGAUAAUGUGUUUACCUGUUUUUACCAGAUGAAAUUGCUUCUUCCAAUUAUUGAUAAACAUGUACCUGUUAAGAAACUGACUGUUAGAUAUGUUAAGGCUCCAUGGAUUGAUGAGGAAUUUAAAAACUGUAUGUUUGAAAGAGUUGGGGCAAAAGGAGUGGCUAAUAAGUCUGGCUGCACAUCUGGCUGGCUUACAUACUGCAAAUUGAGAAAUUAUGACCUAUAAGCUUGCUGCCAGCUCUUAGCAAACUGUUGGAAAUAAUUGUUUUACCAAAUACAAUGCUAUAUUUCUGUAAACAAAUGAACAACAUACUUUCAGCAUGCUUAUAGAGAAGGGCAAUCAACAUAUACUGCACUGACACAAAUGACUGAUGAUUGGUUGAGAGAAAUUGAUAACAAGAAUAUUGUGGGAGCUCUAUUGUUAUAUUUCAGUGCAGCCUUUGAUAUUAUUGACCAUAACCUGUUGUUUAAGAAUGUUUGUGCUAUGGCUUUUCAACCUCUGUGUUAGAGGGUGUUUGAACUUUUGGGGCCCAUGCCCCCCCUACACCCCCCAGUUUUAUCUCCCUUAUGGUUGUUAUCUAUGAAGCAGGAAUGUCUGGGGUUAUAGAUAGCGCUGGGGCCUCAGCAUUAUAAAUGGCCAGAACAAGCCAUUUUUUAAGACCUGAAUAUUAAGCAUCUAAAAAUAUGUCUACAAGGGGAAUUCUCGGAGUGCUCUGUAGCUCAUGUCACGAACCCAACGCCAAAAGCUUGGAGGAUAUUUUGGUAGAGGCUCCCGAAUGUUUUAACGGAUUUCUGUGUACAAGCGAGGGCCAUAUUUCGUACAUAUUCAACCCGGAGGAAUCUACGGUUAAGAUAUUCACAGACAGCAUGUCCCAACCCUUUUAUCGUGCAGAACCCGAGCCUUUUUCUCUAGCGCUAAGGAUGCGAGAAUGGCUUAAAAUAAGGCUAGCUUUGUGUCAAAUGGAACGUGCCCUGAGUGCUUCAAGGCUGCCAGGAUAUGCGCUGGAAGAACAAGUCUGGGGACGUCAGGACCUAAUGGCCCUGAGAGUCACAUCCAUGGGCUAUACCCCGGACUCCAGAGUGACAAUUUUAGCAUGUGAACAAUUUGACAGGUCAAAUGCUACGAAAACGGUCAGUCCAUAUGUAUCCUCCAAAGCAUGCAAGGAUGUAAAUUUUUUCAAAUAAUGUUCAGUUUUAAA